GUGCUCUUCAAGCAGUUGAUAAUUAUAGAAAAUAUGAAUAUAUAAUUAAUUACUAGGUAGGUAUAUAUAUGAAAAGAGCGGUGAAAAAUGACAGGGAGUAAAUCGACCGAGAGAUUUCAAGAGACAUGACCUGAAUAUACUAUACGAUCCUGUUCGCGAUUACUCCGUGUCUAUGUCUACGAGAUCUGAUUUUUUGGCCAACGUGUCUGAUAAUGGCUCUGAUAGUGGCAGUACGUCAUAUGCUUCAUAUCCGUCAUACAGCUUGGUCGCGUAUCUACAGAGCCCGCCUGCGUCCGCAAUCGAGCGAUUGGUUGCCAACCAGACAUCGUCAAUUUCGGUAGACCACAAGACGACAGCUACACUUCAACUUCAGUCUUGGCAAAUUUAUUUCGACAGGGCCGCGGGAUUAAAGGACUAGGUAGUAAGGGGAGAGGGAGACGCAUAUAUAUUGAAAUAGAGGAUUGGUUAUAAUGAAUUACCGAC